CUUCAUAAAAACGAGGAAAGUUUUCAACACUACCUUCAUUGCAAGCCCACGCGACGCACAGGUGACAACACUUACAUUUGCCGACCAAAUAGAAGACCUCAAUCAUUCGAAUGAUGGAGCCAAUCGAGGAACGACGUGAUCUCUUUCAUCACAUACGCCUUACCAUGUACUCGGCUGCCAUGUACCCCAUGCACUUAGAACGGUUGUUGCCUCAAUAUAUAUGCGGCAUGGGCCUAAUCGUGGAAUGGCUGCUCGAGUUGUUCCUGUAUCUGGUGUGCAUACACAUUGCCGUGCUGUAUGUGUGCACGUUGUAUUUGAAUUUCCACAGUGGUGAUUUGGAGCUACUGGUCAAUUGUAUGAUACAGACAAUCAUUUAUAUUUGGACAAUUGCUAUGAAGGUGUACUUUCGUCGCAUGCGGCCUAGUCUGCUGGAGGAGUUGGUGGACUCCAUCAAUUUAAAGUACAGGACACGUUCAGCUACAGGAUUUACGUACGUGACAAUGGACCAGAGUCUCGCCAUGUCUAACCGAUGGAUUAAAACUUACGUCUACUGCUGUUUCGUGGGCACCGUUUUCUGGCUCAUAUUGCCCAUAGUCUAUGGCGAUCGCAGCUUACCGUUGGCCUGUUGGUAUCCUUUGGACUACAAGGCUCCCACAAUCUAUGAGACAAUAUAUUUUCUUCAAUCCGUUGGCCAAAUUCAAGUGGCAGCUGCUUUCUCAGCAUCAAGUGGCUUUCACAUGGUAUUGGCCAUUUUGAUGUCAGGCCAAUAUGAUAUCCUGUUCUGCAGCUUAAAGAAUAUCCUAGCAACGGUUGCUGUUCGCAUGGGAAAAUCAAAAGAGGACUUAAGGAAACUGCGCGAUUUACAAGAAUUAAGAGAACCUGAAAUAAAUGAAUAUUACUGUGCUGAGGAGAAGACUUGCGAUGUAGAAAUGCUGUUUCAUUCGAAUGAAAUACAAGAGCAACCUGAUCUCAUGACUACAUCUAAUAACUUUCAUCGAAGCUUCCGCAAAACAUUUAAGAAUUGCAUAGAGCAUCAUUGGUAUAUUCUGGACUGUUUGAAGAAAAUGGAAACCUUUUACAACCCCAUUUGGUUUUUCAAAACUGGAGAAGUCAUGCUCCUAAUGUGUUUGGUGGCAUUCGUAUCUGUUAAGUCUACCACCGCAAAUUCUUCGUUUAUGAAGGCUGUUUCGUUGGGCCAAUACCUGGUAUUAGUCGCCUGGGAAUUUUUGAUUAUUUGCUAUUUUGGGGAAAUUAUUUACAUCAACAGCCUGCGUUGUGGAGAUGCUAUUUUAAGAAGUCCUUGGUAUCUGCAAAUGCGUGAAAUGAAAAAUGAUUUUCUCAUGUUCAUCCUCAGAUCCUAUAGACCAUUUAAGCUGACCGCUGGCAAAAUGUUUUCAUUGAAUGUGGACCGUUUUAGAGGUGUUAUGACGACGGCUUUCUCUUUCUUGACUCUACUGCAAAAAAUGGAUGAAAGGGUGUGAAAUAGCCUCAAGGUUGGUUUCAGUUUGCCAACAUCUUUUAAAUUAUGGCCUGUCAUUAUUCAAUUUA